GCCUCUCACAGCGCCACCAGCGGUCUAAAAGCACGCUGCAUGUUCGCUUCAGAUGAGAAUGAGCCUCCAUCACUGGCAGCUGAUUUCCAGCAUCGCAUUCGUCUCAUGAACGCUGCUUAAAUCCGACCCGACCCCGAAUACUGACCAAAACAACCAGCGCGACAUGGCACGGGACAAAAAGGACAGAGAUAGCUGGGGGUCUUUCGUGGAUAAGAACGUGUAUGACUGGAGCUCUGAGGAGGAGGAGGCCGACGGUCGGGCGCGUCCGGUGCAGGUGCUGGUGGUGAAAGAUGACCAUACGUUUGAGCUGGACGAGGCAGCGCUCAGUAAGAUCCUGCUGUCCGAGGAGGUCCGAGACAGAGAGGUGGUGGCCAUUUCUGUGGCAGGAGCCUUCCGGAAGGGCAAAUCCUUCCUCAUGGACUUCAUGCUGCGCUACAUGUACAGCCAGGCCAGUGAAAAGUGGUUGGGGGAUGCUGAAGAGCCGCUGACAGGAUUCUCAUGGAGAGGAGGAUCAGAGCGGGAGACCACCGGAAUCCAGAUCUGGAGUGAAGUCUUCCUGGUGGACAAACCAGACGGUAGCAAGGUGGCAGUGCUGCUAAUGGACACACAAGGAACCUUCGACAGCCAGUCCACUCUCCGUGACUCAGCUACUGUAUUCGCCCUCAGUACCAUGAUCAGCUCUAUGCAGGUGUACAACAUAUCCCAGAAUGUUCAGGAAGACGAUCUUCAGCAUUUGCAGCUCUUCACCGAAUAUGGCAGACUGGCUAUGGAAGAAACAUUUCUCAAACCGUUUCAGUCACUGAUCUUUCUGGUGCGGGACUGGAGCUUUCCAUACGAGUUUCCUUAUGGACAGGAAGGAGGAAUGAAAUUUCUGGAGAAAAGAUUAAAAAUCUCAGAGAAUCAACACGAGGAGCUGCAGAACGUGAGGAAACACAUCCAUUCGUGCUUCACCAACAUCUCCUGCUUUCUCAUGCCCCAUCCAGGACUCAAAGUGGCCACAAACCCCCAUUUUGACGGCAGAUUGAGGGAGAUCGAUCAAGAGUUCAUCAAUAAUCUGCAAGUGCUUGUUCCGUGUUUACUACGCCCCAAAAACCUGGACGUAAAAGAGAUCAAUGGAAGCAAAAUCACCUGCCGUGGACUCGUGGAGUAUUUUAAGGCGUAUAUCAAGAUUUACCAGGGAGAGGAGCUGCCACAUCCAAAAUCCAUGUUACAGGCCACAGCAGAGGCCAAUAAUCUGGCAGCAGUGGCUGGAGCUAAAGAUCUGUACAACAGGAAGAUGGAGGUGGUGAGUGGAGGAGAUCGUCCUUUCCUCGCCCCGAGUGAACUUCAGGCACGUCACCUGGAGAUCCGCGAGGAGGCGUUAGCAUUAUUCCGCAGUGUGAAGAAGAUGGGUGGCGAGGAGUUCAGCCGGCGUUACCUGCUGCAGCUGGAGACCGAGAUCGAUGAGCUGUUCGUUCAGUACAUCAAACACAACGACUCCAAGAACAUCUUUCACGCGGCUCGGACACCCGCCACGCUCUUUGUGGUGAUCUUCGUGAUGUACGUGGCCGCAGGAAUCACAGGCUUCGUGGGAGUGGAUGUCAUCGCCAGCGUCUGCAACAUGGUGCUGGGGUUUGCGCUCAUCACUCUGUGCACCUGGGCUUAUAUUCGCUACUCAGGAGAAUACAGAGAACUGGGCGCGGUCAUCGACCAGGUGGCAGGAGCUCUGUGGGAUCAGGGAAACACAAAUGAGGCUCUGUAUAAGCUGUACAGCGUAGCGGCAAACCACAGGCAGCUGUAUAAUCAUGCCUUCCCUGGACACCAGAGCGACCAACAGCCCGAGCAGGACAAGAAACGAAACUGACCGAACACAGCUUGUGGACAGAGACAGUAGAGCGUACGUACAGUCAAAGAGAGAAAGAGACGCGGGACAGUUCUCCAUCUGGUCACAUUCACACAACACAGAAACAUCAUCCUGCACCUACAGCUCAGGCCCAGAGUCACAUGAUGAGGAAAAUCAGACCCCGAAGAGAGUCUGCAAACAUCCAGGCUGACCUGCAGUAAAACAACGAGUCACAGUAUUAGUUCUGCCGCUCAUCUUCUCACUGUAAAUACGGUUUCUCUCUUUGACACUCACAUGAAAGCAGUCUGUUCUUCUUUUGUAAUGGAUGUUGUUCGUUGAGUUCAGUGCUAUUUAUAAGGGAAUAAAAUACUACAUGUUUAAAACACAA